UUCCGCCUUUCUUCAACCAAUCGUCUCCAUCAGCCAGCUCCAGCUGUCAAGCCGGUUUUUGAAGAGAACAAUAAAACAGAACGAUGAUCAUAUGGACGUUAUCAAACACAACGAGUUGGAGGGAAAUUAUACCCUGACAGUUUGGAGAAAAGGGAGGGAAUUUAAUAAAGGCAAGCCUUUUCGUUUUAUACGACAGCAGCCGUAGCCUAUCCUGGGUGAUGGAGGCAAAGAAACGGAGAGGUCGCCAACCAAUGGGAGAGCCCUCCCAGGCCAAGCGAGGCAGAGUGGGCGGGGAGAGGGAAGACAGCCCCUCCCUCUUUGAGGAGGAGUUGGCCGUGCCUGACGACACCGAGAUUGAGGCGGAGUCACGGGAGGGGCAACCCGGGCACGAUGUCAUCCCCAUUGGGGAGCUCUUCUCUGCUGAUUUAAACCCCCUGUGGCGACGCCCACCCGCUCCUCCCCUCCACCCCCAGACUGACCAGCUCACCUUCCAGCAGAUAGACCUGGACUACUACUUGGGGUCCCCGGUGGCCGGAAUGCCUGGUCAGUCUCAGGGCACUGUCCCCAUCGUCAGGAUGUUUGGCGUGACGGAUGGCGGUAACUCUGUGUGCUGUCACGUCCACGGCUUCGCUCCCUAUUUCUACGUUCCUGCUCCCCCUGGGUUCUCUUGCUCUCACCUGAGUGACUUCCAGAAGGCGCUAAACUCUGCUUUGCUGACGGACAUGCGCUCGAAUAAGGACAACCUGACUGAAACUGUACUGGCUGUGGACAUUACACGCAAAGAGAAUAUGUAUGGCUUUUGUGGAAUACGGCCUCAGGACUUCCUGCGCAUCACCGUGGCGACGCCGCGCCUGAUUGCCCCGGCCAGACGACUUUUGGAGCAGGGCUUCAAAUUCGGUCCCUUCCCCGCCCAGAACUACGCCGCUUUCGAGGCCAACAUAGACUUUGAGAUCAGGUUCAUGGUGGACACCGAGGUGGUGGGGUGCUGCUGGAUCCAGCUGCCUGCUGGGAGGUACAGAGUGAGAGAGGAGAGAGGCGAGGGGGGCACGGACUCACACCACCCCACUAAGGUGACGCUGUGCCAGUACGAGGUGGAUGUGGAGUGGGCGGAGCUUAUCAGCCACCCCGCCGAGGGGGAGUGGCAGCGGAUCGCCCCGCUCAGGGUGCUGAGCUUCGACAUCGAGUGUGCCUGCAGGAAAGGCAUUUUCCCGGAGGCCGACAGGGACCCGGUGAUCCAGAUCGCCUCCCUGGUGCAGCGGCAGGGGGAGAAGGAGCCCUUCGUCCGCACCGUCUUCACCCUGCAGUCCUGCGCCUCCAUCGUCGGCUCACAGGUCCUCUGCUUCUCCCAGGAGGCUCAGCUGCUGCAGAGCUGGGCGGAGUUUGUGAGGACGGUGGAUCCUGAUAUCAUCACAGGCUACAAUGUCCAGAACUUUGAUUUGCCAUAUCUUCUGAAAAGAGCGGCUGUACUGAAGGUGGACCUGUUCCCGUACCUGGGCCGGGUUCGGGGGAUAAAGUCUGUGUUGAGAGACUCCAACUUCCAGAGCAAGCAGAUGGGGAGGAGGGAGAAUAAAAGCAUCAACACAGAGGGCCGGGUGCAGUUCGACCUGCUACAGGUGCUCCUGAGGGACUACAAGCUGCGCUCCUACUCCCUGAACGCUGUCAGCUUCCACUUCCUGCAGGAGCACAAGGACGCGGUGCACCACUCCGUCAUCGGCGACCUGCAGAGCGGUAACGAGCAGACGCGGCGGCGUUUAGCGGUGUACUGUCUGAAGGACGCGCACCUCCCGCUGCGGCUGCUGCAGAAGCUCAUGUGUGUGAUUAACUACAUGGAGAUGGCGCGCGUGACGGGCGUGCCCCUCUCCUACCUGCUGUCCCGUGGGCAGCAGAUCAAAGUGGUGUCCCAGCUGCUCCGGCAGGCCACAAAGAAAGGUUUUGUGAUGCCGGUGGUGAAGAUGGAGGGAGGAGAGGACUACAGUGGAGGAACAGUCAUCGAGCCGGAGAAAGGGUACUACAGCAUCCCCAUCACCAUCCUGGACUUCUCCUCCCUCUAUCCCUCCAUCAUGAUGGCCCACAACCUGUGCUACACCUCCCUGCUCAAGAAAGGCUCUGCAGAGAAACUCGGUCUUUCUCCGGAGCAGUUCAUCGAAACGCCCACGGGGGACCAGUUUGUGAGGAGCUCCGUGAGGAAGGGCCUCCUGCCGGAGAUCCUGGAGAACCUGCUGUCCGCCAGGAUGAGGGCGAAGGCGGAGCUGAAGAAGGAGACGGACCCCUUUAAGAAGCAGGUGCUGGAUGGCAGACAGCUGGCUCUGAAGAUCAGCGCCAACUCUGUGUACGGCUUUACCGGUGCCCAGGUGGGCAAACUGCCCUGCCUGGAGAUCUCACAGAGUGUGACCGGUUUUGGGCGGCAAAUGAUCGAGCAGACCAAGCAGCUGGUGGAAUCCAAGUACACCAUCAGCAACGGUUACCAAGCCGACGGCAAGGUGAUCUACGGGGACACGGACUCUGUGAUGGUGAAAAUGGGCGUGUCCACUGUGAGGGAGGCCAUCGACUUGGGGCGUGAGGCAGCUGCGUGGGUCUCCACCUACUUCAUUCCACCAAUCAAACUGGAGUUCGAGAAGGUGUAUUACCCGUACCUGUUGAUCAACAAGAAGCGCUACGCUGGCCUUCACUACUCCUCCAACCCAGACACUUAUGAUAAGAUGGAGUGUAAAGGCAUAGAGACGGUGCGCCGGGACAACUGCCCCCUGGUGGCCAACCUGAUUAACUCCUGCUUGCAGACCAUUCUCAUUAACAGGGACCCCCAGGGGGCGGUAGAGCACGCCAAGGAGGUGAUCUCAGACCUGCUGUGCAACCGCAUCGACAUCUCGCAGCUGGUCAUCACCAAGGAGCUGACCAGGACCGCGCGCGAGUACGCCGCCAAGCAGGCGCACGUGGAGCUGGCCGAGAGGAUGAGGAAGCGGGACGCUGGCAGCGCCCCCCACCUGGGAGACCGAGUUCCCUACGUCAUCGUCAAGGCAGCGAAGGGAGCGGCGGCGUAUAUGAAGUCUGAGGACCCGAUCUACGUGCUGGAGAACAACAUCCCCAUCGACACGCAGUACUACCUGGAGCAGCAGCUCUCCAAGCCCCUGCUCCGCAUCUUUGAGCCCAUCCUGGGAGAGAGCAAGGCCGAGAGCAUCUUACUGAAGGGAGAGCACACCCGCUGUAAGACUGUUCUCACCUCCAGGGUGGGGGGCCUCACAGCCUUCGCCCAGAAGAGGAACACCUGCAUCGGCUGCAGGGCAGUGCUCAAGACUGACGCGGCUGUCUGUGACUACUGUAAGAACCGGGAGUCUGAGCUCUACCAGAAAGAGAUCGCUUACCUGAACCACCUGGAGGAGCGUUUCUCCCGGCUUUGGACCGAGUGCCAGCGCACCCAAGGGUCCCUGCAUGAAGCCGUCCUCUGUACCAGUCGGGACUGUCCCAUCUUCUACAUGAGGAAGAAGGUGCAGAAAGAUCUGGAAGAUCAGCAGAAGCUGGUGUCCAGGUUCGGAUGGUGAGGCGUUCCGAGGCCAGGACAGGAAGUGAGCGCUUCGCUCUUUACGUUCUCAGGGCAACCACCCCCCCCCCCCCCCCACCCCCACACACUC